AUGGUCAACAUUAGUCAAGAAUCAAGUGCUUUUUUUCAAACUGAUGCUGAAAUUGCUAAACUAAAAGAAAAGGAAGCUAAAUACAACUAUACAAAAGGGGAUGCCAUCAAAUUAUCUUCUAAAGCAUUAGAGAUCCAGCUUGAUAAAAAUAAGAAAUACAUGUAUGUAGCUGAAUCAGGUUUCUUAGUUAGAAAGAUUUCUUUAACUACAUCAAAAACAGUUAAACUUUUUAAAGGUCAUCAAGGACCUGUGACAAGUAUUGCAUUAUCAGACGACAGACUUUGGACUGGUUCCUGGGAUAAGACAAUUAAACAAUGGGACUUGAUGACAGGCGAAUGUUUAGCCACUUUGGAAGGACAUACUGAUUUUGUUAAAUCACUUGUGAUUGUAGGUGAUUUUCUUUAUUCAGGCUCAUCGGAUGGUUUCCUUCGUAAAUGGAAUAGAAACACUUUAGAUUGUGUAACAGCUGAAAAGAAACAUAAACGAGCGAUUGAAAGUUUAGCAGCCUCUGAAUCAGGUCAAUGGAUUUAUUCAGCCUCCUCUGAUGGACAUGUAUUAAAAUGGGAUGCAGAUACGAUGCAAGUACUUCAAACCUAUCAAGGGCAUGAUACAAGUGUGUAUUGUGUUCGAGUCUGGGAAGAAGAUCUCUGGACGGCUUCUGCAGAUAAAACAGUGAGACGAUGGCAUACAGAGACAGGUCAACAAGACAUGGUCCUAACUCAUCCAGAUCGAGUCAAGUCAAUUGUUCUCGCAGGACCUUAUAUCGUCACGGGUUCAAGUGAUGAUAUGAUCCGUGUUUGGGAUAUUGGAUCAGGUCAACUGUUAUGUACCAUUGAAGGUCAUUUUGAUGAAGUAAGCAGUUUAGAUAUCUUGGGUUCAACCCUUUAUAGUGGAUCAUUAGAUUGCUCAGUUAGAAAAUGGAGUCUGACAGUAGACUCUAUGAAACAUUAUAAUGAGUCAAGAUUAAGAUUAGAAAAGAAGGAAGAAAAACAAAUUAGUUUAACUGAAAAUGAAGAACGUGAAUUAGAAGAAUUGUUAAUGUCAGAUGAUGAUGAAUAA